AUGCCAGGAUUCAGCUUUAGGCAACCAACCCGCCGUGGUCCUCUCGCAAACGUUGUUGAGGACUCUGCCGAUAACCAUGGAGACGAUGGAACUCCGAAAACAUUUGGACGAGGAAUUGUCCAAGAUUUCAAGCGCACCGUCGGAACCCAUUGGGUGAAGGAAAUGACCAACUUCAACACCAAGACUAUCGCUGUCUCCUUCUUCCUUUUCAUUGCUGUGAUUGCUCCCACUAUCACAUUUGGAGCCGUGUACGCCAAGGCUACCAACAACUACAUCGGCGCCGUCGAACUUCUUUUGGCCACCGCAUGGUGUGGAAUCUUUUACUCUUUGGUUUCUGGACAACCAAUGAUGAUCAAUGGAGGAACUGGUCCAGUUUUGACUUUCCAAGCUGUCUGUUACGACCUUGCCAAGCAGCUCGACGUACCUUUUCUCACAUUCAACGCAUGGAUUGGUAUCUGGGUUUGCUUCUACCAAGUGACUGCCGCAUUCUUCGACUUUAACAGACUUAUCAAAAAGGCGACUCGAUUCACGGAUGAGACAUUUGCAUUGCUCAUUGUCUCUAUUUUCUUGUUGGGAGCCAUCGGAAAUCCUUCCUCAAAGGUUGGUCUUUUCCACUACUUUGGCACUGACCACCCUCAUCACGAAGAUAUGCUCGAAGAAGAUUCUCAAUACGACUACAUGACCGUCGCUCUUCUCAGUCUCAUUUUGGGUCUUGGUACUGCCUUCCUUGCCAUUGGACUUCGUCAACUUCGCACGUCUGCCUUCUGCUGCAACGACUACAUCCGCACUGUCAUUACCGAUUUCGCAAUUACCAUUUCGGUCGUUGUCAUGACCGCCUUGAGACACACUGUCUUUGAAGAUGUUGAGGUGGAAGAACUCAAGGUUCCAGACACUUUCGCCACUUCCUUCACAUGCUGUACCGCAGAUUGCCGAGACUACUGGCCCACUGAUUGUCCUGACCAAGCUGAACCAUGGGGCCGCCGACCGUGGGUUGUUGACUUGUUUGAUCUUAACGACAACAUCUAUGUCAUUUUCGUUGCCGCCGGUCUUGGUAUUCCAGCUUUCAUCUUGACUUUCUUGGAUAAUGGUAUCACAUGGCACAUUGUCAACCACCCAAGUAACAGACUCACCCACGGCGACGCGUACAACUACGACACUCUUGUUUCUUCCGUCAUGGUCUUGGUCAACUCCUUGAUGGGCUUGCCUUGGUUGGUUGCUUCUACUGUCCCAUGUAUCAUGCACAUCACCGCCAUGCAAGAGAAGGAUAGCAAGGGCGAAGUCAAAUACAUCCAAGAAUCUCGCUUGACCGGCUUUUUUACACACGGAUUAGUGUUGGCCUGUAUUUUUGCUCUUUCUGUCAUCAAAUUGAUCCCAUUGCCAGUUCUGUACGGUGUUUUCUUGUUCAUGGGAUUGGUCGCUCUUCCAGGACAACAAUUCUACCAACGAUUCUUGCUUCUCUUCCAACAACCAAGUAAGAUUGCCGAGAACCACUACACAAAGCACAUCCCCAUCAACCGCAUCCACAAGUACACUGCCUUCCAAUUCCUCUUCUUUGGAAUCGUUUGCGUGGUUCGAGAAAUCAAGUCCAUCUCUAUUGCUUUCCCCGUGAUGGUUUUGCUGUGUAUUCCAGCACGCUUGUACCUGCACCCAAAGAUCUUCUCUGAGGAUGAAUUGACACUUAUGGACGGAUCUCCAGAAGAAAUUGAUAGAUGGUUGCAAAAGAACGACCCCGAAGGAGAAACACCCGACAAGAGUGCCCAGGAUGAACACAUUGCCCAAAAUGGACUCAAGAUGCCUGACUACGAAGAAAGUGGUGCAGGAGUGACGGAUAAGACUGGCACUGAAGAAGUUGCCGAUGCUUAA